AUGGCGUUCAAAUCUUCAACAGCAAGAAGCACUGCUCACUGCUCGCCAUCCAGAGAACAGCUGAGGUGCCACUCUGAACCGGUCUUCUAUGCAGAGGAAAACUGCAGAUCAAAGUCAAACAGGAGCAGUCAAAGUUCCCGCGAUAGCUGCAGCCUGCACAUCAUCAGCGGGCCUCCAUCCAGUGACUGCUCCAACGGUUAUUUCAGAGUAAACUCCUGCACGUCUGACAGCACAGGAGAAACCCUGAGCCUCUCUCCGCCUCACUUUGCUGCUGUGUUGGACACUUUGGAGAUAAAGACCAGCAGCAAGAGGAAGUCCACCACUGCUGACACUGAAGAGGGUCCAAAAAAGAGGAGCAGAGGGACCCCCAUUCCUGCCGAGGAUCACACUUCCAUCUUCAGUGGAUCUUUCUCUGAGGAGGAUUCUGGGACGUUCACGUCCAACACAUCAAUCAGCGUCAGAACAGAAGAUGAGGGGAGGAAGAGCAGAAAGAGGAAGUCUGAAGAGACCGAGGGUCCAAGGACGAGGAGCAGAACCAACGCUCAGACCCCCGCUGAGGAGUCCUGCAGAGAAGACGUAGUCCCGUCCUCAACUGAAGACACGGCCCAUUCUAAUGACAGAGCCGUCUUUGAGGCCCAGUAUAAAGAGAAGAAACUGCUCGGAGAAGGAGGCUUCGGGUCAGUCUUUGCUGGCUACCGCAGAAAAGACAACCUGCCUGUCGCAAUUAAACACAUUCGGCAGUCUGGCAUUGUGCGCACAUCAAUGCUUCUAGACGGGGAAAUAAGCAUGGUCCCUCUGGAGGUGGUGCUAAUGCUUAAAGUCAAACCAGCAGCAUCGGGGACCCGUGCAGCCGUGGCCCUGCUGGACUGGUACGACCUGGACGACGAGCUGAUCCUCGUCCUGGAGAGACCGGUCCCCUGCUGUGAUCUGAUAGACUACAUGAACUCUAGAGGAUCCGGCCUGCAGGAGCACGAGGCGAAGGUCUUUGCUAAACAGCUGGUGGAUGCUGUCAUCGAGAUACACUCCAGAGGAGUUUUCCACUGUGACAUCAAGAUGGAAAACAUCCUCGUCGAGACCGGCUCUGAAGUCCCUCGUGUCCGGCUAAUUGACUUCGGCUGCAGCACAUUUCUCAGUGACGGGACAUACAAGUCAAAACAAGGAACUUUUGAGUACACCUCCCCCGAGUGGUUUACAGACAAGGAGUACCGGGCUGAACCAGCGACAGUGUGGCAGCUCGGCGUGGUGAUUUUUGGGUUGCUGCAUGAAGACGUCCCUUUUGAAAGCAAACCCGACAUAGUCUACGGAUACCCUUACAUCAGGGAAAGUCUUUCCACUGACUGCUGUAAUUUCCUGCUGAGCUGCCUGUCCAAGAUCCCAGAGUACAGACCCACCCUGGAGACACUCAGGAACCACCCAUGGCUGAUAUAGCCCAAACUGGGAAUUUAAGUCCACAGGAGGACCCAGAGGACCAUCGCUGGACCCCAAAGGACCACAGGAGGACCACUGCUGGACCCCAAAAGACUAUCACUGGAGCUGAGGGACUAAAGUACAUCUCCAGUUCCCCCUCGCCCUGGAUUAAUGCUGCAGUCGACCCCCAUGCUUGGCUCCCACUGCACCUCUUCUGAAGCAGAAAUAGAAAUAAAACAAGGUUCAUUUGAAGACACCUGAUGAACUUCAUGAGUUGCCAGUUUCAGCAUGAACAGAGCAACAUAGUCCAUGAUAUCUGACACUGCAGCUGAUCCAAACGCCCAGCUGUCCCUGGAGAGAG